GGAAAGGAGGAAAAUAAAAAAACACUGAAAAGAAAAAUAGAAAAGGUAAGGUAAGGCUCGAAAUUCAGGACCUCCGUCACACACAGGAAACACACCAGCUGCAGAUGUAAGCAGGGACUUCCUGCGAGCACCCGAACGCAUCACGAGAACCCCAGCGAUGUAGAGAGAAGGAGAGGGAGACGAGGAGGAGGAGGAGGAGGAGGUGGAGGCACAUCGAGGAGAAGCAUGAAGACUAUCCCCGGUGUCUAAGCGAACAGGCGGGGAGAGCAUCUCGUCUUCCCUCGCGUGUACGGGGCCGACUGGAAGCGGAGGGAGGCAGCGGGGAAGAGGACAGGAUGGAGGAGAAGAAGCAGUUUCUUUGUGGGGUGGUGGAAGGUUUCUAUGGGAGGCCUUGGUCUAUGGAUCAGAGGAAAGUUCUCUUCCAAUGGAUGCAGAACUGGGGCCUGAACACGUACCUGUACGGCCCAAAAGAUGACCUAAAGCACAGACUGUUGUGGAGAGAAGUCUACUCUCCUGAGGAAGAGAGUCAGUUGCGUACUCUUAUAGUGGAGGCCAAGUCGAGAGGCCUCAAGUUCGUGUACGCCCUCUCUCCUGGACAGGACAUUGUCUUCUCUUCUUCCUGCGACCUGACGCUACUCAAACGCAAGCUGAGACAGGUGUCCGAUCUGGGCUGCCAGGCUUUUGCCAUUCUGUUUGAUGACAUCGAUCACUCCAUGUGUCAGGCUGACAGCGAGGCCUUUUCGUCAUUCGCCCACGCUCAGGUCACUGUAACCAAUGAGAUCUAUCGGUUCUUGGGGGAACCACCCGUCUUCCUAUUCUGCCCUACAGAAUACUGUGGCUCCCUGUGUUCUCCCAGUGUAUCGAAGUCUCCCUACUUGCAGACAGUUGGAGAGGACCUGCUGCCCAACAUAACAGUGGUGUGGACAGGCAGUAAGGUAAUCUCCAGGAAACUAUCUGUAGACUGCCUGGCUGAGGUGGAGUCUGUCCUCCAGCGGCCACCGCUCAUCUGGGACAACCUGCACGCUAAUGACUACGACUCCAGACGACUCUUCCUGGGGCCCUUUAAAGGCCGGGAGCCUCAGUUGAAGAGCCACCUGAGAGGCCUUUUACUCAACCCCAACUGCGAGUUUGAAGCCAACUACAUCCCUCUGCAUACGCUGGGAAGCUGGCACAGAACUGGAGAAGAGGAGAGGAAAGAUGAGGAGUGUGACUACUGUUCUGAUAGAGCUCUGUCUGCUGCACUGCGUGAUUGGAUGGAGGAACUCAACCAGCCACUUCAAGCAGGUCGGCAGAGUUCACGAGCAGACCAGCGUUCAGCCCCGACAUCUCGCUGCAAAACUCCCGACAGACCCGACUGCCCCUCCACCUUGAGAGGAACCUCUACCGUGGCAAAGCUUCCCGUCUUCCCCCUGAACUCCAGCUCUCCCCCUUCCUCACCACCCACUAAGGUCAAGGGGGAGAGAGAGUUACGGGAGGGUGAGAAGAGGAGGCCAAACCAGCCUAGUCAACCCAAUCAAAAACCUCCAGGAUCUAGGUAUGGAGCACCUUCAGGUGGAGGGAAGGGACAGAAAGCCCAGGGUCAGGCUCUCUGUAGUGGGAAGGGCCUACUAAGUGAGUCCCAGGUGCGGCUGCUGGUUGGUCUUCAUUAUCUGCCUCACGAGCAUGGCCCGUCUGCCCAGAAGCUGCUGCAGGACCUGACCUGGCUGAAAACAAACUGCCACCUGGUCAGCACCAGCAGCAAAAAGGCUCCGCCGCAGAAGACUGAUGAGUGGCGAGGUCGGGCCUCCAGGUUCCUGUCCCUGUGUGAAGACAUCGCACAGCUCCACUGCAGCGUGGUGGGUGGGGCCAACAGGGCCGUGCUCUAUGACCUUUACCCUUAUGUGUGGGACCUGAGGAACAUGGCUCUGGUGGCAAAAGCCUUCAUAUGCUGGCUGGAUGGACGAGUGUUGAGUGACAGCUCCACCCUGGGCACCUGGAGGAACUGCUUCCACUGGUGUGGGAAGUCCUCGGGGGCAGACCUUCUGGGAGUGGACUCAGAGCCAUGGGUGUUCAAAGGGGGCGUGUCUGGAGAGGUGCAGAUGCUUCUCCCAAUAGGCAGCAGCAGUGAACUCUUCACUCACCCUCCUCCUCUCUUCCCUACCUCUCGUCUCUAUAACAUCAGGCCCUAUCACAGCAAGGACAAGGUGGAGCUGUAUCGGAUGGUGCGCCAACUCCACCUGCGGACUCAGGGUGGCCAAGAGUCCAGUGCUGCUCACCCAGAUGUCAUCGGAGACAGAUGUCUCGGGCCUUGCCUGGCGUUGUGCCCUGAGUACAGCUUCAUCCUGGAGGAUGAGCUGGGUGUGUGUGGCUGUGUGUUGGGCAUCUUGGAUGUUCGCUCCUUUGCCAAGCGGUGCCAGGCCAGCUGGAUGCCUGCCAUGAGGGACAAAUACCCGACCAAAGGGGGCAACACAUAUCCCAACACGCAGGACUUGAUCCGGCUGAUGGAGGAAGACCAGGGAGAGUACCCGGACUCUCUCCUCUAUCACUUCCCCUCUCAGCUGCGACUGGAUGCCCUGCCUGAGCUGGUGGACAUCAGCGUCAGCCGCACCCUGCUGACCGCCCUCCUUACUGCACUAAAGGCCAACGGUUCUCAGGGUGUGUUCUGCGAGGUGCAGCCGACAGACCGUCAGAGACUAGAGUUCCUGACAAAACUGGGCUUCCUGGAGAUCCUUAGAGGAGAAGCGAGGAGCAGAGAGGGAGUGGUGCUGGGGAGGCUGCUCUGAACAUAAACACACACACACAGACACACAGACACAGACACAGACACACACACCCCACCGGUAACACUUAAAGACACAUGCACCCAUUCAGUAGAUACACAGAGGCAGCUACACACAGCAUAGAGACGGCGAAGCUUUGAAAAGAAUCAGGAUCUGUAUGUUCUCCACUAAAAAAGACAAUCCUGGAUUCCUUUGAGUCUGUGUGGCAGUAAUGGGAUGAACAUAGACACUUCUGAGGGAUUUACAAAAUAUAAAAUAAGCUUUGAGUUUAAACAUUCAGCAGAGCUGUACUAAUCUUUGUCAGAUUCCACUUCUGGCUACGGAUAACAAGAUUCAUUCAAGUUACAAGGAAGUCAACAAGAGAAUAGUCUGAGAUGGGAGCAGAGCAGUAGAUCACAGCUACAACGUUCUGCUCUGUGGCACAUGAGUCACUUACACAUAUGAAUAUAAAUACAGAAUGUACAGUAGGGUCCAAAAGUCUGAGACCACUAGUCAUAAUACUUCUACUUUACAUUUGUUCAGAAUGUAAUACCAUGUAUUUCAUUACAAUUGAUGAUAUCAGCCAAAGUGUUUGAGUGCAGUGUUGACUCUUUCAAAAUUGCAUGCAUCAGCACGCACUCAAUCUGGCAUGGACUCCACAAGUUUGUGAAAAACCUGAUGAAGUUAUCACAGACAUAACAGUCAGGACAUCUUAGUCCUCAAGCAGACUAAGCUUUGAGGUGUGUUUUUCGUUUGAAGCGAAAUAUAAUUAAUAUAAUAUAAUUAAUGCAAAAUAAUAUAAUUAAUGCAAAAUAGAAGUAUUUUGACUAGUGGACCCUACUCCAGACUUAAAGUUGUCUCCUAAGUGGUGACAAAAAUCAUCUUUUUCAGGAAACAAAAUACCUAUUCCAGUGUGCAAUGGGUGGCGGAUUACGGAAACGCCACCAAAAAUGGCAUGAGAGUGAGCACGCAGAAGGCAUAUAUUCAUAUACAGGACAAUAAAUAAUGAAACAUCGCUUGAAAAAUAGAUGGCUUACAGAAGUAUUUCAUUAAUUUCAAACUGAAUUAUUUCAAAGGAAGGCCUUUAACAGGGCCCUCAAAGGUGCAAUAAGUAAGAAUUUUAGUUCAGAAUAUUUAGAAAACUUAUAUUAUCAACAAAAUAUGGCAGACAAUUUUCAUGCCAUGUCAAAGACAUCAGUGUGUUGUUACGAAGAGAUAUCUAGCAUGCUGACAAACUCCAACAUCAAAGUAUGGGACAUGUUCAUGAGGAUAUCCAGUAGGUGUCAAGGUUCUACCCUGUCCUUAAGCAAGACACUAACUCUUCUGAGAGCGACUGUUGUUAUCUGACCUGAGCUAACUCUGACUUGGAAAAGGGUGAAUACAACCUACAAAAACCGAAGCGUAAAAGCCACACAUUCAUGGUGUUACUGUGUGUAUCCCAAACAACAGGUUUCUUAGUGUAAUUAGCCUUAGAGGUGCUGGUUGGCCGAAUUUGUGACCGAUUUGGACAGAACCAGGCUAGCUGUUUCCCCCAGUUUCCAGUCUGUAUUGCUUUAUUAAUUUUUACCGUACAGUCACGAUUGAGGUUUUAAUCUUCUCAUCUAACUCUCAAAGAAAUCAAAUGACUGCAUCUCCAAAUGAGAUUGACAUUCAACAGGCAAUCACAUUCAAGCUUCCGCGGGCGAUCUUGUGCUCUGCUCCCUCUGCUUUGCUCAUUAAACGAUGAUUAUUCUUUCAAAGUUCGGCUGUUGUUUUCCAGCUCGCGUCCUGUCGGUGGAACAGAGCCUGCCAGCACCAGGACUGGACCCAGGAGCGGCGUCACUGUUUACACUUGCCUAGAUUAGAUGAAUGUUAACCUGCAUGAAGAACAAAACAUUGAGUGGCUGUUUUCAAAGUAGGGUUACAUGUACAACUGACAUCGUCACAAACGCACAUAUAUAAUUUCAGUGGAAUGCUCUAACAUGGCGACAUUAAGGACGAUUCUUUAUUGGGCUUUUCUCAGCCAUUAAGCUAUAAAGUGCAUGUGCGCUAAAAUUCAUUAGAGAAAACAAUGAAAACAAUCAUGCAAACAGAUAAGAUACAAUAAACACACGCACACACACACACACACACACUUACUUAUCUGAAGUUUACACUGGGUUCAAUUGGAUAUAAUAGAUACCUCUGUCAUUUCAUUGUCAGAUACUGUAAACAUCACCAUGAGUAUGUGUGGGUACUUUCUACAUGGUGUGUGUAUGAGAGUGUGUGUGCAAAUAUACCACUUAAGACAGCUGUGUCAUUCUGCCUUUAUUCUGAACCGUAAUGAACACACACACACACACACACACACACACACACACACACACACACACACA